UUGCCGACGUACCCGGAACUGUUUCCAAGGUUUCCUCGGCUUCUGGCGGUGGUACGGCUGCGGGUCCUGGGAGCCAAGGCAACGGAGAAUUUUCCCAGGCUCGCGCGAGCGCCCCCUUCACCUACGGAUUCAGGGACCCAGCAAUAGCGAUGGCUCCGGUGUCUGGCUCCCGCAGCCCGGAGUGGGAGGCCUCGAGCUCCGGGGGGAAGCGUCGCAGUUCUUCGAAGAGCCCUAAGCCUAGCAAAUCCUCUCGCUCCCCGCGCGGCCGCCGCUCUCGCUCGCGCUCUUGUUCUCGGUCCGGAGACCGGAAUGGCCUCAGCCAUCAGCUGAGUGGCUCCAGCCAAGGCUCCCGAAACCAGUCCUACCGUUCGCGCUCGCGGUCACGCUCUCGAGAGCGGCCCUCCGCACCUCGCGGCGCCCCUUUCGCUUCUGCCUCCUCGUCCGCCUAUUAUGGCGGCUACUCACGCCCCUACGGGAGCGACAAGCCGUGGCCUAGCCUCCUGGACAAGGAGAGGGAGGAGAGCUUGCGGCAGAAGAGACUAAGUGAGAGAGAGAGGAUUGGAGAAUUGGGAGCUCCUGAAGUGUGGGGACUUUCUCCAAAGAAUCCAGAACCAGACUCUGAUGAACAUACACCAGUAGAGGAUGAAGAGCCAAAGAAAAGCACCAGUUCAGCUUCUACUUCAGAAGAAGAAAAGAAGAAGAAGAAGAAGAAGUCUAGUCAUUCAAAAGAAAGAUCCAAGAAAAGGAGGAAGAAAAAAUCAUCUAAAAGAAAACACAAGAGGUAUUCUGAUGAUAGUGACAGCGACUCUGAUUCUGACACAGACUCCAGUGAUGAAGAUACAAAAAGGAGAGCAAAGAAAGCCAAGAAAAAGGAAAAGAAGAAGAAACGCAGAUCGAAGAAAUAUAAGAAAAAGAAGUCUAAGAAGAGCAGAAAAGAUUCCAGUGACUCAAGUUCUAAAGAGUCCCAAGAAGAGUUUCUGGAGAAUCCCUGGAAGGAUCGAUCAAAACCUGAAGAACCCUCAGAUUUGAUUGGCCCAGAGGCUCCCAAAACACUUGCCUCUCAAGAUGAUAAACCUCUGAACUAUGGCCAUGCUCUGUUACCCGGUGAAGGUGCAGCUAUGGCUGAAUAUGUAAAAGCUGGAAAACGUAUCCCACGAAGAGGUGAAAUUGGCUUGACAAGUGAAGAAAUUGCAUCAUUUGAAUGUUCAGGCUAUGUAAUGAGUGGCAGCAGGCAUCGCCGAAUGGAAGCUGUGCGUCUGCGAAAAGAAAACCAGAUCUAUAGUGCUGAUGAGAAGAGAGCCCUUGCAUCCUUUAACCAAGAAGAGAGACGAAAGAGAGAAAACAAGAUCUUGGCCAGUUUUCGAGAGAUGGUAUACAGGAAAACUAAAGGGAAAGAGGACAAAUAAGGAUUUCCUGAUUGUUCAUCAGACGUUUUUAACAACAAAAAAGAAAGUUUGGGUUCCAUAUAUACACACACAAAAAGAUUAUGAUCUGAAAAA